GCGGAAACGCUGCGCGGUGACAGCUGGGUAAAUUCACCGACAUACAGGAAGAAAAAGACGAAGCUCAGUCUGCCCUGCUGCAAGCCUGCUGCAAGCCUGCACACUCCCACGGCGACAUAAAGGACCAAAUCACUGCUUGACCCGUUUAGCAGGUAUGGCUGAGUUGGCGAGUCUGGUGCAACGGCUGGAGGUGGCGGUGGGUCGCCUGGAGUCCAUGUCAGGCCCUGGAGGCAGCGGUGGAGAUUCUGCUGGAGGAGCUGUAUCGGCGUACGUCGAUGCCUUUGACGCAAUCAUCAGCGGUCCCUUGGCUCAGUACCUCUCCUACAGCCAGAAGAUCGGGGGCGAUGUCCAGAAACAUGCAGACAUGAUGAAGCAGGCAUUCACCUGUCAGAGAAAGCUGCUCGUGGCAGCCUCGUCCUCCCAGAAGCCCACUGAUGCAGUUUUGACGACUCUCAUGCAGCCGAUGUCCAAAGAGAUCCAGCAGGUGCAGGCGUUCCGCGAGCUGAACCGCACCUCACCGCUGUUCAACCACCUUUCUGCCGUGAGCGAGAGCGUGCCUGCCCUCGGAUGGGUCGCCAUGGCUCCUAAGCCGUGCCCCUUUGUUAAAGAGAUGCAGGAUGCCGCCAUGUUCUACACCAACCGUGUGCUCAAGGACUACAAAGAAAAGGACAAGGUACAUGUGGACUGGGUCAGGGCCUACGUCUCCAUCUGGACUGAGCUGCAAAACUACAUCAAACAGCACCACACCACCGGGCUGACCUGGAGCAAGAGCGGUCCCGUAGCUUCGGCCUCUGCAGCUCCCCCCUGUCCUCCUGCUGGUGGAUGUCCUCCCCCACCUCCCCCUGUACCUCCUACUCCCCCCAUGGACUUGAGUGAACCCUGUGGUGGUGGUGGUGGUGGUGGUGGUAGUAGUCGUAACGCUUUGUUCAGCGCUAUCAACAAGGGAUCAGACAUCACCUGUGGCCUGAAGCAUGUGAGUGACAACCAGAAGACUCACAAGAAUCCCACCCUGAGGGGUACUACUGUAGUACGCACCGGACCCAAACCCUUCGCCUCCCCCUCCCCCUCUCCCCGACCUGCUGGGUCGGCCACCCCGACCCGCACGCUGCCCCCUGUGUUUGAGCUGGAUGGGAAGAAGUGGAAAGUGGAGAACCAAGAGGGAGCGCAGGACCUGGUGAUCAGCGACACUCAGCUGAAACAAGUGGUUUAUGCUUACAAGUGUAACAAGAGCACCCUGUCGGUCAAGGGCAAAAUCAACUCCAUCACUUUAGACAACUGUAAGAAAGUGGGCCUGGUGUUCGAGCAUGUCGUGGGCAUCAUAGAGAUCAUCAACUGCAAGGAUGUCAAGAUCCAGGUCAUAGGUAAGGUCCCCACUAUCUCCAUCAACAAGACGGAUGGUUGCCAUGUCUACCUGAGCAGAGACUCUCUGAGCUGUGAGAUCGUCAGCGCCAAGAGCUCGGAGAUGAACAUCCUGGUCCCCGACCAAGACGGAGAAUUCAGGGAGAGCGCUGUUCCUGAGCAGUUCAAGACCGUCUGGGAUGGCAAGAAGCUUGUUACCACAGCAACAGAGAUCGCCGGAUAGACAGGGGCAGCAUGUGACAUGGCGACACCAUCCCCACCCCUUUUUUUGCAAAUGCCUUCCUGACUGAUCAACCACCCCACCAGCUAACUCUCACACUGUAGACUGAGAUUUGGACCUUGUUGCGUGCGUUAUAUCUCCCGCCCUUCCUUUUUAUCAGCCAAUCACAGUUCUAAGCUGUCCCUUCCAUCAGCCAAUGAGAGGACUGCUCUCUUUUAUCUGGAGCAAAAUCCUCCAGCCAAUCAGCAGGGAGCGGCUUGUCGUUCAAAUUGGUUUACCCUGUGAGCACUUUUUAAAAACAUUGAGUUUUGCCAAUAGCUUGGAUGCUCUGUAUAAUACUUUGUAUGCAUCUGGAUAAUGCUAAGCUAAAUUUAACAUUUAGAAUAGCCAACAUGGGAACAGGGAUAUUAAUUCCUCUUGAACAAAAGCAAUCAGGCUCCACUAGCAGGAUGCUUCAGGCGAUUCUUUCUCCUCUUCCUGGUCAGGAGGGGCUGGUGUUUUCUUUUCUUUUUUUAACUUGUGGCCUGUUUCUGUUAUAUGCAAUUUACAGGUUAAGCAUUUGUCAAACAAAGAGGAUAAUGGCAUCCAUAUCACCUCCGCUGAUGUUGACUAUAAUAAUAUUAACAUUCAUAGUUGAUGAUAAUAAUAAUAAUAAUAAUAAAUGUAAGUCAGCACCCUGAGCACAAAUAGGAGUAAAAACAAGUUGUGUGCACACAAAUUAUCAUUCCAUGUGCUUUCCCUUAAACACACAGGACAUUCCCGAGUAUUAAAAAACAACAAAAAAAAAACAUUCCAUAUAAAGGAGGCAUGUAAGAAAAGGUUUACGAUAAAGAGCAAAGAGAUACAAAGAGAUGCAGAGUGGAAGAGACUGAAGGACAUAAUCAUUGAUUGUAAAAUGCUUGACCUCAGUCUCUAGAUUGGAAAUAUCUGCUGAAAUGAUCUGUACAGAUAGUGAUAAUCAAAUAGUCUUAAUAUAAGCCUGACCAUCAACGUCUCUCCACUCGCUCAUGUCGGCACUCUGGUUAUCUUCAGCUCUUGGCUGAAUUUUCUUUUAUAUUGUCUUUUUCUUUUUACCUCUUUAUUUUCUGGGUCCAAAAAUCAGAAUUCUGCUCAUUAGUACUGGAGACAUCAAUAAAAAGAGUUGCAAUAAA